GAACUGAAAAUAUGCCAAGCAGAAAAAAAAUACAGUGGGCGUCUCUUCUCGGCCACCGUAUAUUCGCGGAAGUUGUCAAUAUAUUAUUUAGUUAUUAUUUUUCAAAAGGAUAGGCCAUUUCUGGAGAUAAACUCCAGUACUCGAGAAAUAAUUAAUUUAAGUCAUUCCUGUUUAUUCCAGGACUUUCAACAUGGAAGAUGAAUGGGAAGAAGAGGAGCAGGUUGUGGUGGUGGAGCUAUCCGGUAUAAUCAACAAUGACAUCCUGUCCAAAUGUCGGGGCACAUGCAAGAUACUGGAUAUUGACAGCGAGAAGCCCAUGAUGCAGGUUGGACAGUAUGUGUUUGCCGGGGAAUAUGAAAAUGCUUUGGGAACUUGUGUGCUGUUCGAGGAGAAACCGCAGAAAGGAAAAGCUGACAGUGCUCCAGAGCUCAAGUAUAUGUGCCACACUGUAAAGAAACUUAUGAUGCAACGAAUAUUCCUCGUUGAGAAGAAAGAGGGUGAAACCAGCACAGGAAGUGGUGAUGGUGGUGAACAAAUGGACACAACCUGUCAGUCCAAUCAAGAAGAAAAUGCCAACAAACAGGGCCAGACGGAAAAGGAUGUGAACACUGUAGAUUUAGAAGACUCAGCAGUGAGCUGAGAUAUGGAGGCUUUCCUUUACUAUGAUCUCACUAUAAAAGUAAAGAGCCAGCCUUUGUGAAGCUGUAAGGGGACUCCAUGUCUGAUACAGACAAGUCAAAGACAAUUGGAUUUAGACAUUUCAGCAAUAAUAAGGACAUACUAUAACUGUGUAAAACAUGUACUGCAGCUUCUUUUCUGAGCCUCAAAAUGAGUGAAUUUUACAUUUGAUGUG